AUGUAAUUCUAACAAGCUGAAGAAAUAAGUCAUUUUAAGAAAUUAACAAGAACUAUAUUAGAUUUAUUGUAAAUAGUUAAAUUACUAAAAAUAAGAGUUCAUGAACAGAGAAGAUUUCAGAAGUAAAUUAAGGGAAUUUCGUCUAAGAAGUAAAUUAUAAAGUACACAGGUAUCAAAAGUUAUUUGGAAGAUGAAAAAAAGAUGAAUAACAGUUGCUGUUUAAAAUUGUAUUUAGUAUAAUUAUGCAUUCAUUUUAUUUAGGCAAUUUAGUAAGAAUGAACCUAUUAAGUAAAAAGAGGUUUCAUUUUCUGGAUAUAGACAAAUUCAUCCACUUUAACAAACAAUCCAAAUUAAGGUUCAAACCAAUAGAACCAUAAAAACGUAUGAUAAAAUUGAGAAAACACUCAUAGAUUUAAGUGGCAUUUAAUUUAAUUUUAAGUUAUUCAUAUUGUUAAUUAAGAAAGACUGA